AUGGUGUACAAUUCGUUGACUGACACCCCUCACAACCUCAAGGAAGGUCUUGACUGGUUGAUGGCGCUGAAGGGGGUUGAUGCUACGAACAACUUGAAGGCUGUAGGCGAGGCAAUUUACAACUUGCUUCAGAGCCGUGCUGUUGACACAACGGCGUUUGAAGCUGUAAAAGAAGGGGAGAUUGAGGACCAGAAAUCCGUCCAGAACAUGCGGGGCACGUUCAUUGGUAAUAAGAAUGCAGGCUCCAGCGGCCUUGCCACUUCCAAGCGUCUCACUGCUGGAGCCAUCGCAGAGAGAUUAGGUAAACUUGUGGAUGGUUGUGAGCAGUUCCUGGAUAGUACAACCGCCCAUGAACGGUACGUGUCUGCCUACAGCUCGGAAGCUACGUGGGAGUCGUCAUGCGCACAGGACCCGGAAGCGUGCGCAGCUACCCUUUUGGGAAUUGCACCUAUGUUAUACACAGGGCUGCAGGGCUUGCGGUGGGUGUCUCAAUGUGCGUCGUAUGGAGGGUCGAAUUCUCAGGCGGCUAUGCGUAUGCCAGGGAUGUUGGAGGCAUUGGGUUACAACAAGGAGGAAGGUAGAUCUUACCUGACUGGUUCGUAUGUCGCCUGGUCGUUGAGAGGUGUUGAUAGAGACACGCUGUCCAUACUGUAUGACCUCGCUGGAUUCUAG